AUGGCAAUGCUGCUUAUAGCCCGCCCUGGCCACGUGUACCUGGCCACCUACGACGCUGUCACCAACAAAUUCGCCAUCAUCCACGAUCUCGCCAUUCCCGGCUGCCCCUCAUGGCUCGCCGUGGACCGCGCCCGCUCCCUCGUGUACAUUGUCGACGAAGACAGCCAUAAUUUCCACCGCUUUCAUUUGGACCCUUCUUCCGACACACCCUUUUCGCAAAAAUUGACGGUCGAUACCGCGUGCCCAGGCGCAGUGUACCUUGCCUUUUCCCAGGACAAGCAGCGUUUGCUGGGCGCUGCGUUUGCGGGCGGCGCCGUCGACGUCUGGGAUGUCUCUGACGGGGUGACGUUGGAAAAAGCCAUCGUUUCCGAUGAAAAGCCUGGUCCUGUAGCGCAUAUUCAGGAUGCGCCACACCCGCAUCAGGUGCUUCUGGAUCCGACAGGACGCUUCUACGUUGUGCCAGACCUCGGCACGGAUGAGAUUCUCGUCGUCGACUCCAAGGACGAUGCUUUUACAAUAUCGAGUCGCGUCACUGUUGAGCCGCCCGGUAGUGGUCCCCGCCAUGGUGCGUUUUAUCCAGUCGGUGCCUCGCCCGCGACGCAUUACAUUCUGCUCUGCGAGCUCGUCAAUGCCGUCGUCGUAUACGCGCUGCACUACACAGACUCCACACUCGAGUUCACACGAGUAUCAGAGACGUGCUCCUUUGGUUCUGGGGGCCCGUCAGUCGCCACAGCACGGGCGGGCCACCUGGAUCUGCUCCGGGACAACAAGCACCUCUACGUGACCAACCGCCUCACAGGACGGGCUUCCGACAGCAUCGCCCACCUACGCGUCCACACUGACGGCGCGCAUCCCCGUCUCGAAUUCGUGCAGGAUGUGCCGACAUGUGGCCUACUUCCGCGUAUGUUUUGCGUCUUGGAUGCGGGACGAGGCAAUGUAAUGGUGGCGAAUGAAGAGUCCGAGUUUGGGUUGGUGCUUUUUGAGCGGGCGUUGGACGGGGGCAUCAAGGAGCCGCCCAAGCUGCGGGUGGAAAUGUCGGAAUUUAUGGACGAGGCAGAGAUGAAGGCAAAGCCAGGAAACGGACCGAAAUUCAUCAUGGAGCUGUAA